GACCAUGCCCCCUCUAACUCGCCCGGAGGAGAGAGAUGGCGCCUAAGUUGGGGCGUUGCUGCCAAUAAAAGCAAAGCAACUAAACCAGCAAAGUCAGACGAACGAAGCCCCCAUUCACUCUAAGUUGGCUGUUGUGAUUACUUUCCCAUUUCAAAUCAACGACUACGAAAUACGAAUACAUACAAUUACAUGGCUGUGUCUCAGACCCUACAUACAAAUCUGUCCUUGAGAGGCCACGAGUCACCGAUUUAGUAAGAAAGUGUGCGUGCCCAACAAUGGCGGAUCGGAUGGGGAAACUGGUCAGAGAUGAAGUCGUAACCUACUUCUACAUUCUCCUCUACAUCGCCCUCUCCAGCGGCCAGAUCUUCUUCAACAAGUGGAUAUUGUCAUCAAAGGAAAUAAACUUCCCAUAUCCUCUUGGAUUGACUCUACUUCACAUGGUCUUCUCCUCUGUGUUAUGUUUUAUACUCACCAAAGUUCUAAAGAUUAUGAAAGUUGAGGAAGGGAUGACUGCAGAAAUAUAUGCUACAUCAGUCAUCCCAAUUGGUGCAAUGUUUGCAAUGACUCUUUGGCUUGGAAACACCGCUUACCUCUAUAUAUCUGUUGCAUUUGCACAAAUGUUGAAAGCUAUAAUGCCAGUAGCUGUUUUCAUUCUUGGAGUAGCAGCUGGACUUGAAGUGAUGAACUGCAGAAUGCUUCUCAUAAUGUCAGUGAUCAGUUUGGGUGUUCUAGUGGCUUCUUAUGGGGAAAUAAGUAUCAACUGGAUUGGUGUGGUUUACCAAAUGGGAGGUGUUGUUGGAGAAGCUUUGAGGCUUAUAUUCAUGGAGAUUUUUGUUAAAAGGAAGGGUCUUAAACUAAACCCAAUAUCUCUCAUGUACUAUGUUAGCCCCUGCAGCGCUGUUUGUCUUUUCAUUCCGUGGAUUUUCUUGGAGAAGCCAAAGAUGGAUGCACAGGGGUCAUGGAAUUUCCAACCUCUAAUUUUAACGCUCAACUGUCUCUGUACUUUCGCACUUAAUCUUUCAGUUUUCCUUGUAAUUUCACACACAAGUGCCCUGACCAUUCGUGUGGCUGGAGUUGUCAAAGAUUGGGUGGUUGUCUUAUUAUCAGCCCUUCUGUUUGCGGAUACAAAGCUGACAAUCAUAAAUCUUUUUGGUUAUGCUAUCGCCAUUGCUGGUGUGGCUGCCUAUAAUAACCACAAGUUGAAAAAGGAAGCAUCUCGAAGCAGCGCUGAUGAGUCUCAGCAUGAGCAAUCUAUACCGUUAGCUUCAUCUUCAAAUUCUGACCAGUAGAUGUAUAUAAAGAGUGGCCUCACAUGGUAUUUAGAGCUGCUUCUACACAUGGAGGUUGUGGCAGCAUGGGGGCAUAGAAAACCAAGGUACUUUUAAGUGAUCUGUAAAGUUGAGAAUCUGUCAUCCGUUUCCUGCAUGAAAGGUUGGGCAUUUAUGUAAAGCUGUUCGCCAUUGAGGUACUCUUCGUUUCUUACCCCUUUUAUGUAACGCAAAUUGCUGGGAUCAAGUCAAAGGCAAAACUCAAAAAUUCUUACUCUUCGAGUAACCCAAAAUCCUUAUACUUAUUUUAAUAUAUUCUUGCAUUCAUGGUGAAGCAUCAAAGUUUGUAAUUCUUUGAAUUGUGGAAGUGGGAUCAACAAUGGGUAUCCUUUUCUCUUCUUUUUUUCUCUCUUUUCGGUUGAAAAAGAGAUAUAGAACGACGAUUGGCAGCUUCAUCCAUAUGUUACUGUACCAUUUUUGUUUACUAAACUGGAUUCAGAAUAGGGAGGCAUGCUAAGUCGCAUAAAUGUGUCCAUUGCAAGAUUUUCCCGUUUGAUGUGCAUGAAAUCACAAGAUUGCUUUUGCAGAUACCGACUCACCUUCGAGUUUGUGUGAGUUUGCUAUUUAUAAUUUAUCUAUC